AUGGGGGUGUCCCGGGCCGUGCCCCCCCCGCCCCCCCCCGGGCCCGGCCCCCCCCCGGCGCUGCCCAAGCGGCUCAAGAAGAGCAAACCCAGCCCCGCCCCCCGCGACCUGGGCAGGUGGAAACCCGCGGAUGAUCUGCUGCUCAUCAACGCUGUGCUGCAGACCAACGACCUGACCUCGGUGCACCUGGGGGUGAAGUUCAGCUGCCGCUUCACCCUGCGCGAGAUCCAGGAGCGCUGGUACUCGCUGCUCUACGACCCCGUCAUCUGCAAGCUCUCGUGCCAGGCCAUGCGCCAGCUGCACCCCGAGGGAUUAGGGUGUCACAGGGGUGUCCCCAAUGUCCCCAAUGAUGUCCCCAGGCUGUCGUGCCAGGCCAUGCGCCAGCUGCACCCCGAGGGUUGGUGUGUCCUAGGGGUGUCCCCGAUGUCCCCAAUGUCC